CAAACGCGCACGCUGCCGCCGCUCCCCGACAGUACCUCUGCUCCGUGCCUCCUUUCUCCUCUCUCUCUCUCUCAUGGCGGACUCCUCGAGCUGUGAGGCGAAACCCUAAUGGAGAGCAGCCGGCGCCGCCACGCCCACGCGCCGUAGCCUCGCCGCGGCGAGCUCCGUCGGAAGGACGACGCCAGUGCUUGGCGAUCCGGGUGGGAUUGCGUUAGAAGUGGGAGGAGUCUCCCUUCGGUGGGGAGGCGCCCGCCAUGGGGAGUGAUCUGAAGGAGUUGAAGUACAGGAGGAGGAUUGCGGUGGAGGAGCGCGCGCAAUGCAGCGACCCGAGGGGCGGCGCGGACUGGGCCGCGCUGCAGCAGGACCCCGUCGAGCUGCUGCGCAAGCUGGACGAGCUGAGGGACCAGAUCACGCGCUCUUGCCACGUCGUCGGCCAGCCGCGGGAGCACCGCAGGGUCAGCCGCCGCGCGGUCUCCAUGCUCCCCGAGCACCUUGAGCCGCCACCUCUGCCGGGGUACCACCGCUCCCGCUAUGGUGGCCGGUAUGGGCUCGGCUUGCCACCGCCCAGCCCACACACCCCGCUGCGCCCUGAACAUGGGGAGAGGUAUGCGAGACAGUCUAGUGGGCACUACCGCCAGUACCCUGGGAAGCAGUGGGAGAGCGGUGGGAUAGGGCCUGGGAGCUAUCAUCACUAUGGGUGUGCUUGUCCGCACUGUCUGCACGGGCAGAGGCCUGUGCCGCAAGAGGAGAACAUCCCGAUGGCGAGAUACUUUGCUGGACAACAUGAAUCCUACCGGUUUGAGAGGUCACCAUCUGUUUCGUCCGAUUAUGAUCGAAGAUCUGUGGCAUCAUCACUUUACUCUCAUCGGUCGGUGUCGAAGAGGAGGGCCGAGUUCUUCAGGAAGAAGGCAGAACUUAUCUGUCGUCCAGUGGAUGGUGCUGCACCUUUCUCUGUGUGCAGUUCAUGUUAUAAGCUACUGCAGAUGCCUAUGGAAAAGUGCAUAGGGAGGAAGAGGAAUCGGUUUCAAUGUGGGUCUUGUUGUCAGAUAAUUAGUUUGAAGCGUGAUGAAGGAAAAGGAAUUCCCUUGAUACCACCAUCAUCCUUAUAUGUGCCUGAAAUGGAGCAGAGCUCAAGUGAUCAGAUGAUGCAAGAUUCCACCCAUCAGCGCUACAAAGAUUUCAAUUUUGCGUUCUACAAUUCAAACGAGCAUAGCAGCAUGCAAUUCGACAUGGAUUUUGCUGAUGAUAACUCACUUUCUUCUACCACUAGUCAUGGCAGGACUGACAAAGAGUAUGGGUCAAACAGGAGCAUCCAGUCAAAAGCUGAGGGUCUCUCUUUCUCUCCAAGCAUGUCUCUGGAAGUUGGGAGCCCGAAGGAUAUAUUGUGUGAAAGAGAUGCAGGCUGCGAGGCAGAGCCAGUACAUGGUCCAGUUACCCCACGAUCUCCAGUUUUGGAGGACAAACUUGUUGACCCAUUGUGCACCCAAGAAAAAGAUAAUGAUGAGGUUAACCAAGGAAUGCAUUACAGAUCAGACCUAACUUGCAAAGGACAAUAUGAUGUUAAUCAUGAAUAUGAUGAAAGCAUUAUUACAAGAAGCAAACAUAAUGGCAAUGAAGAUGAUAAAGUUGCCACUGAAGAUGAAAGCUCAUGCAGCAGUUUUGAACAGAAGAGCAAGGAAGAUAACUGUUGCAACCUUGAAGAUGGUAGCAAAACGCACAAGCAGAAUAGGGCAAAAGAUGACACUAGUAGUCUUGAAGAUGAAAGUGAAAAGUAUGAGUGUACCAACAUUAAAGAUGGUAAUAGCAACCCUGAAGAUGAGAACACGAAUAAUAAAUGUGAGCCGAAGGCCAAUGGAGAUGAAAAAUGUGUUCUUGGAGCUGAAAACAUUAGCAACAACUGUGAAGAAAACAAAAAAGACGAUGUCAUCGGAGCUGGAAGCACAAGUAAGAGACAUGAUGAGCUGAAAACUGAAGAAGAUUAUGGGAAACUGCAGCAGCAGUUUACUGAAGAUGCCAAUUCCCCAGCAGAGAGUGGGUCAUCAGUUAAUGGGCGCACAAAUUCUGGGUUUUCUCGUGGUUCAUCAGAGGCUGGGUUAGAUGAAGAUCAGUCCUCAACUGGUAAGAGUGGGGACUCAUCAUUUUUUGCUGGUUUAUUGAAGAAGGGUUUCGAGGACCUUUCUUUAUUAAAUAAGUCGACGGAUAGUGCUAAGGUUUCAAUUAAUGGUCAUCCAAUCUCUAAAAGAGCCCUUAAGAAGGCAGAGAAGAAAGCAGGUCCUGUUGACCCUGGUUCAUAUUGGUAUGACUACCAUGCUGGUUUUUGGGGUGUCAUGGGCAGAGAAUGCAUUGGCAUUAUCCCUCCAUUUAUUAAAGAAUUCAAUUAUCCGAUGGCCAGAAAUUGUGCUGGUGGGGAUACUGGUGUUUUUGUCAAUGGCAGAGAACUUUGUCAGAGAGAUUUAGAUUUGCUUGUAGGAAGAGGACUGCCACGGACAUCUGGGAAGUCAUAUUCUAUUGAGAUAUCUGGAAAUAUAACUGAUGAAGCAACUGGGAAAAAACUGCGUAGUCUUGGAAAACUUGCUCCCACGAUCGAGAAGUUGAAGCGCGGUUUUGGCAUGCACGUCCCUGAAGAGUUUAGAUAGAUGGCUCUUAUCUCAGGGUCUUGGUUUCGCUUGCUAAUAAUGCACUCUUCAAAGCUGACCAUGGGAGGAAAUCAGUGAUUUCUGGUGGUUAUGAUAUUAAAUCUCAGAUUUCUCCAAGUUGUUGGACUGGAGUUCUACAAGUAGUAAUUAAAUCCUUGGUGCACAGAAAAUGGUGCUGCUCAAGAAGCAGAAAUCAAGUGGUUUAGUGAUUUUAACUACCAAAAAUCCCCCUCCUGCUAAUUCCAUUUCUUUAAUGGAAGCUAAGUCUAUCAGGCGGCUCUAACUUCACUGCUCUGCCUGUACAUGCUAUUCCUUAUGUGUUAUCAUUGUCAGUACAUUGCCCCAUCACAGGCGCAGAAGUAUUUUAGAUGUAUGAGCAAUUAUCAGCUUGUAAUAUAUUGGUAGAGCUAUGCUUCCCCUAACAUGUGUAUAUAUUUGCUCUUGAUUAUUGAGACUCCUCUUGCCGAUGUGAUGGCAUUCCUCUC